UUGCUCGAUUGCGUGACACCUGUCAAGGUAUGCUGUAAACAAUACGCGUAUAUCUUCUCGUUCCGGGUAUUCGUGGUUUUGAACAAGCAUAAGGUUCCUUUCUCGUACGCCAAACACCCACAGCGUCAUGACAGCGGAAGUUCCGGAACGGUUAGUGAUCGGCCCGAAGGAAGGUGUGACCUAUCCGCUAACGGUAGCCUACUGUGGCAACUGUUCCAUGCCGCUCGAGUACUGCGAAUACUAUCCAGACUACGAAAAAUGCAAACAGUGGCUUGAGAAGAAUCUACCGGACGAGUUCGAGCGCAUGAAGGUGGGCACGGCAGGAGCCGGUGAUGGUGGUGCCACCGGUGCGGGCACUGCCGGAUCUGCUUCCAACGCGGCUAGCGAAUCGGCUGGGGACGGGGACGACGCUAAGAAACCACAGAAACGGGGCGGUAAAGGUAUGAUGAAAACCAAAAAGCCAAAGGAUGACGUGCCGAAGAAGGUGUGCUUGUCGCGGUCGGCACGAGGCAAACGAAAGUCCGUAACCGUGGUGACUGGUUUGGCCACGUUCGAAAUCGACCUGAAGCUGGCGGCCAAGUUCUUCGGUACAAAGUUUGCCUGCGGUUCAUCCGUCACGGGUGAUGACGAGAUUGUGAUUCAGGGUGACGUUAAAGACGAGCUGUUUGAUAUCAUCCCGGAUAAAUGGCCCGAAAUUGAUGAGGAUUUCAUCGAUGAUCUUGGCGAUCAAAAGCGUUAGAGUACGGCAACGAUUGGAAAAGGGGACCUUCUGUAAACCUCGCGGCAACA